GUCUUGGUCGCGGCGCCCCCUGGCGGCCAGAGCCAGGAGUGUCCAGUGGGCUCCGGUGUCCCGCACUGCCGGGAGGAGGGACUUGUAUCUGCGGGGCGGGGACUCGGGGACUUCCGCGGGCAGGGCGGCCCCAGGUGCGGGCCCUUCGCGGCGCAGCUGGCCAGGCUCCCGCAGCGUCGGCGCCGCCCAUGGCCGAAGUGCUCCAGCCGGACCCCGGGGCGGCCGAGGGCGCGGAGGCCCAAGCCGUGGAGACGCCGGGCUGGAAGGCCCCGGAGGACGCGGGCCCCCAGCCCGGAAGUUAUGAGAUCCGACACUAUGCACCAGCCAAGUGGGUCAGCACUUCCGUUGAGUCUAUGGACUGGGAUUCAGCCAUCCAGACUGGCUUUACAAAACUGAACAGCUACAUCCAAGGCAAAAACGAGAAAGAGAUGAAAAUAAAGAUGACAGCUCCGGUGACAAGCUACGUGGAACCCGGUUCAGGUCCUUUUAGUGAGUCUACCAUUACCAUUUCCCUGUAUAUCCCCUCUGAGCAGCAAUUUGAUCCGCCCAGGCCUUCAGAGUCAGAUGUCUUCAUUGAAGACAGAGCCGAAAUGACUGUGUUUGUACGGUCUUUCGAUGGAUUCUCUAGUGCCCAAAAGAAUCAAGAACAACUUUUGACGUUAGCAAGCAUCUUGAGGGAAGACGGAAAAGUUUUCGAUGAAAAGGUUUACUACACAGCAGGCUACAACAGCCCUUUCAAAUUGCUUAAUAGAAAUAAUGAAGUGUGGUUGAUUCAGAAAAAUGAACCCUCCAAAGAGAAUGAGUGAGAAAAUGAAAAAAAAUUCCAUCGCCAGGGGCAAAACUUCUAUUUAAUGUAGACAUCAGCACUACCAAUAAGUGUGCGUCUGGUCCCUACUUGAGAGUACUACUAUGCAUUGAGCUUAUUUCGUGCCUUUUUAAUGCUUGACGCUUUAUCUAGGUGCACAGAUAACAGGGGACAGUAGUCUAUACACAUGCAAAUCGGUCACCUGUUUCUGUGAGGAUCCUGGGAAAUGUCACUUACUUCCUUUUUCUUUGCUGCAUCACAAUCAUGUUGCCUUUUUCUGCUUGGAUUUGUGUCAGGUGGAUAUUAUGUCUUCCAGAUAUUACCAAUAAAAAUGUUGAAGAUUAA